AUGCUUUACUUUAUUUUUAUAGCAAUUGCAUUAUCUAAAGAUGUUAAGAUGAAUGUCAAUUUAACAAUUGGAUUAGAUUUUUAAGACAAUUCUUAUUUAGACUUCUUUAACAAUUUUUCAAAACAUUAUGAUGAAUUAUAAUAGAAUGGAUGUAAAAUCGUUAAUUAUUGUGAUCAUAGUAAAAUUGAAUAUUGCCCAACAUUUAUUACCUUGUUACAGUUGUUAUACAAGACAUCAAUUCAAACAAUCAGAAAAAAAUUGUUUAGGAGGAGGACGAUAUUGCUGUAUUUAUUUAUUAAUUUUAACAUAGAGUAUUCUGAUUAUGUAUCCGGUUAGAUAAUUUUAAAAGAAUUGUUACUUUAAUAAUGUAUAUUGGAUGUAUUACCAUAACAUUAUUUUAAUUAUACAAUUUAUUUUGGAUAACAAUGUAAAAAAUCAACUAUGGUUGCUUGUUCUUAAAAUUAUUUUAUAAAUAAUAAUAUAUCAAUUGAAACAAUAAAUACAUGUGUUGAUAAUAGUUUUAAUUAAAGUGAAGAUGUAAAUUAAGAAAUUUAAACAAAUCGAAUAUUAGAUUAAUAUAAAGAAAUGUAAUAUAAUUAAACAUAAUUUUCCUUAUAUUUGGAUUCCUCAGAUUAAACUGAUUCAUCAUAUCAAUAAUUUCUUAAAAUGCUAUGCUAAAAAUAUAUCAAUGUAUCAAUAUCAUUUUGUGAUAAUCCUAUUGAAACUCCAGUUGAAACACCUGUUAAAUAGGUUGAGAAUUCUAAUCCUUUAGAGUAAGUAUUUUUAUUCAUUUUUGCUUUGAUUAUUUUGAUAAUUGCUGGUUCAGGAGGAUGGACAUUAUUAAAUAAGAUUUAAUUUGGAUCUAGUUUAGUUCCAAGAAGUAGAAUAGCUAUUCCUAAAUUAGAAGGUGAUCAUAUCAUAUAAGAAGAUGACAUUUGA